GGAGGCACUGCUCAAGCUGACUGGGGUCGCUACAGCCAUCGAGAGUGGCAUCCAUCGUCUGAAGAGUUCUGACUUCCCCAAAAUCCUCGACUCGGCGGAAGUCCCCGUCUGGGCUCGCUGAUCAGUGCGAUGCUGCUCCGGUCUGCCGCUCGACUGGCGGCGCCGUGCCGUCCUUUGACAGUCGCCAGUCCCGUCCCCCCACCGGCGCUGACCGACGCAGUGCUGACGCCGGAGCGUCGCGAAGCGUUCGUCUCACGUCUGUCAAAAGUGCGCCUGCCCGUGCGGACCACCGACGGUGAGCCGGGUGCGGCUGUGCUCGCUCCUCUGUGCCGCGUCGACGGUCGGCCGGGACUGCUCUACACACUCCGCUCCUCUGCGCUCAACAAACACGCUGGGGAGGUGGCCUUCCCAGGUGGUAACCGAGACCGGCAGGAUGCCGACACUCUGGCGACCGCCCUCCGGGAGACCGAGGAGGAGAUCGGUCUGCACGUGGAGCGGGACCAACUCUGGGGAGUGCUGCCCUCGCUGCUGUCUCGGUUCGGAGGGAAGCCGGUGGCCGCGUACGUAGCGGAUGUGGGAGAGGUGCGAAUGGAAGAUCUACGCCCGCAGCCUGACGAGGUGGAGGAUGUGUUCUUUCUGUCGUUAGAACACCUGUGUAAACCGCAGAAUGCGGGACAUACUCAGUGGCGGCGAAGGGAUGCAGGAUACUCGCUACCGGUGUUCCUGAACGGACCCCACCGCGUCUGGGGACUGACGGGCAUAUUUACUCACAUCUUACUAGGGACGCUACUACCAGAGUGGUAUAAACACAAAGUGCCCUACCUACGGCCUGUCAGGGAGCGAGACAGCGAGCGAGACAGUCGCUCAGGUAGUUAUUAAUGGUCAUAGUCUAUAAGACAGAUGGUAUGCGAUGAAGGUUAUGACUGUGAUGAGAGGGGUGCUUUGGACCGGUUAGGAGUAAGGGAGUUUAUUUAUACUGGGACCUAGCUUGUUUAUUGGCAGGUUAGCAGUACCAUGCUCAAGGUGAUUGUCAGCCAAGUUAUACUUACUUAGAGUGACCUACGCUGCCCAAAGGGGCAUAUUUUGAAGAUUCUUUCUGACCUACGACUUUUUAGGAUACACGAGACUGGUCGUGGUAACAUUGAAACUAUAUAUCAGUGGUAUACUGCGAUUUUGUUUUAU